AUGUCAAAGAAGAGAAUCUAUGUUAAACUUGAAGGGAGCGACUAAUUGAUUCCUAUAGCAUGGUAUGAGGGCACUCCAAUCAUUAGUAUAUUAGGACUUAUAAAAGAAGCUUUCGGAAUAUCAAGCAAAGAUAAUAAUUCAAAUAUUGCUCACGACCUGAAAAUGAUUGGUCUAUAUGACAGUGAUGGAGAUCUAGUAGUAAUUUCGGAUAGCAUACCUAACGACCAAACUUUCACUCAAAGACAAGAUAACUUGAACGAGACAAGUGCUAGCUAUCACAGAUAAAACAAUUUUUAGCAGCAUAUCUAUCAACAGCCACCAGGUCCCUAUUAUUAAGACUAAGUUUAGUAUCCUUAAUAAACUUAAUAAUACGGGCAACCUCAAUUUUACCCUGGUCCUCAUCCUUAGAUGUAUUAAGGUUACCCACCAUAGCACCAAUAGAACUUGAUAUCUUAAGAUCCGUAUUGGCACCAACAUUAACUCCAAUAUCAACAGCAGCAUGUGCUUAUGACUCCUUAGACAUUCUAUCAUAAUGAUUUAUAGAAUAGAACGUCAUAAAAUUCUCCGAGAUAAUCACCAACCAGAUUUUUCAAUGGCUAGCAAACUAAUCUUUAGCCACCACAAUCUGUAAGAAUGCAACCUUCAGCUAGAUUCAAUCAAAAUAAUCAGCAGCAGUAUGCAAAUUUAUAAGCUAUGGGCAUGGGACUCAGAGGAACAUCUAAAAUGUCUUCAAAUAAUGCUAGUGAAUAGUCUGAAACAUUGUCCUAGAGAAAAGUGUCUGAUAAAAGAAACAAUUUAAAGAAUAUAGUUGCAGGUGAACUCGGCUUCAAAAAACCAGGAUCUGUAAUAUCUUCAUAACUCUCAUCACAAGAAUCCAAUGAUUAGGUAAUGAGUUUGCGUGGAUUUGGAGUUACAAAUAGACCUGGUUCCGAUAAUGGGGACUAAACUAGUUAAACUAACUAUGGCUAGGCAAGUCUCCUUAAUACACCAUUAGCAAAUACAAUGAAAAAAGUAGGAAUGAAUCCGAAUCUUGCUAAUAAUAGACUUAAUCAAUUCUUGGUUAAGAAAGGUGGGAAUAGCUCUUAUUCAGGGGGUGGUUCACCAUUGACAACUUAAAAUAAUGGAGGAUCAUAUAGAGAUGGAACAGGAGGCCCAUAAAUGCAUUAGUAAACAAUUAUUUAAGGACAUCCAAAUCAAAACAUAUAACAUAGACCCUCAAGAUUUUAAAACGGAGAUGCUUCUUCAGGAGGAUUUUAAGAAUAUACCACAUCCUAAUUUGGAGAAGCAGAUGAUUUUAUGUUUUACGAAGGGCACCAUAAUAAUAUGGGUAGUCCUAGAUCUGCCCUAUAUCCUGAUAAUUUUCAGAAUUAGUUAGGUCAAAUCUAAAAUAGAUUCAUUCAUUCGGAUGAAACAGUGUCAAUAUAAGGUGACUAUAUAGAUAUGCAAGGCAAUAAUCUAUCACCUUAAAUGUUACCAAUGAGGCAACCUCAAUACACUCUCUAGCAUAAAGCCUAAAUGUUUAGAGGCAAAGUCUAGGAGUAGUAUCCUCACCAAAAUAACUAGUAGACGUAGUAAAUAAUUUCUCAAGAUAUGAUGAACAAUUAACAAAUGGAACAUUGA